CCCCCCCCCAAGCGGCCGCUGGCUCCGGCUCCAGCUCCAGGUGCCCGUCACACGGUCACUAUUGACGACAUGGAUUGGGCCAGCGGAAAGGGACAUUGGCAUCCUGGAAAAGAUUGAGAUUCACUCCAAAGACCCCCCUCCAUUCAUACCAUCUCCACCCUCAAUGGUCUGCCAUCCACGCCUUUUCACGCCGUCUCAUUUCUUCUUCGUAUUGUCGUCGUCUAUCGUCGCCUCUUGGAGAGCUCAUUCUAUCCCCCUUCAAAACCCCCCUUUUCUUCUCCAUUUCUUCUUUUUCACUCUGGUCGCGAUAGUCCCGUUUGCGGGCACUUGGCCGACUGCUCAAACACCAGGCUCGCAAACCGUCAUAAGAAACGAUUGGUGUGAUAAUGCAGACCUUCCAACACGUCGCAUAAACAGACCGGGCGCGGUCGACUGUUGGUGGUUUCUGCCGCCUAGCGUUGGCUGGCGCUGGUCGUUAUGAUAUCAUGCCCUGCCCUGCCCUGCCCUGCCCUGCCCUGCC